GAUGUUAGGGGGCGUGGCCUCGCCGCUGGGUGCGGCGGAGCAGGAAAUGAAGGUCAGACAGACGAAGAAGACGGAGAAGAACGACCAGCGCAAGCACAGGGUGUGGAGCUCGCUCAUCCCCAACACUCGCCUCUGCGAGCAGGAUGUGAGUUGCGCCCGAACACUUCGACCUGCUGAUCUGGAAACGCUGCGUUCUGUGCAGACACAGAAGAGUCGAGCUGGUUUUAUUAGACUCGCUGGAUCGUGGUCUGGGUGGAGCUGAUUGAUGUGGUCCUGAUCUGGACCGAGAGGCCUGCGAGGAUCAGGCCCGUCCCGGUCUGAAAGAUGGCCGUGCUCCACACAAAAGCUGUGACUGUGAUCCUGUCUGUCACUGUGCUGCUGGGGCUGCUGUACUUGUCCCAGCACUACAGAAUCUCUCUGUCCCUUGAGGAGAAGUGGAAGACAGUGGAGGCGGGAUCUGCCGUUGAAACCACCAAGUUCAGUCAGCCUGGUAUUGAUCUCCACCUGGAGUCUCCUGAGCAUCUGAAGUACAACCAGCCCAGCAUCGUGCACGGUCGUGCUGACGUGGUAACGGUGACGCCAUGGUUGGCUCCGGUGGUCUGGGAGGGAACCUUCAACCCGUUUCUCCUGGACAGCAUCUACAAAAGGAAGAACGUCACCAUUGCCAUCACCGUCUUCGCUGUCGGAAAGUACAUCAUGUUCCUGAAGGACUUCCUGCAGACGUCUGAGGAGCACUUCUUCGUUGGCUUCAGGGUGGACUUUUAUGUGUUCACCGAUCGCCCCAACGAGGUGCCCAAAGUGAACAUGGCGGCCGGCAGAAUGCUGAUGGUGCGCUCGGUGCCCAGCUCAAACCGCUGGCAGGAGAUCUCAGCUCGCAGGAUGGAGAUCAUCCAGAACCUGAUCGAGGAGAAGCUUCAGAACCGCGCCAACUACAUCUUCUGUCUGGACGUCGACUCCAAGUUCCACGGUCGCUGGGGGGCCGAGUCGCUGGGAGGACUCGUGGCCGUGAUCCAUCCAGGUUACUACAGAGAUGACCGCAGCAAGUUCCCCUACGAGCGGAGGCCUGCCUCCAACGCCUACGUGGCUCCCGGGGAGGGGGACUUCUACUACUGUGGAGGGGCGUUCGGGGGGUUGGUGCAGGAAGUUCACCUGCUCGCCAAAACCUGCCGCAAGAACUUUGAGGACGACGCCAAGAGGGGCAUCGAGGCAGCUUGGCAGGAGGAGAGUCACCUGAACAGGUACAUGUGGAUCAACAAACCCAGCAAGGUGCUGUCACCUGAGUACCUGUGGCAGGACUUCAAACCCAAAAACCCAGAGGUCCAUAUCAUCAGGUUCUCCGGGGUCAUCAAGAACUACGCCAACAUCCGACCCAACUGAACCAGACCAAACUGGACUGAACUGGGUGAAAUGAGCCAGUGUGUGUCUGACUUUGGGAAAGGUCUCGCACAUCUGACCUUCACCCAUAAUCCCUCUCAGGAAUCAUUUUUUAACCCCACCCCCAGACCUGCUGGAUUUCCUCUACUGAGCAUGUACAGUUUUUAAACAAUUUAUGCUGUUGAGUCAUAGAAAUGUCCCGCCCUCAGUCCUGUGCCCCGCCCACAUCGGUGCUCCAGACUAGCCCCGCCUCCAGCUGCAGUAUAAACCAAAACAGCGACUCUAAUGAAGUUUCAUCAGUUUGACCUUAAAUGUUCUAAAUGACCGUCUGAGUCAAAGUGCACCUGCGGCCGGGUUGACAGGGUCAGGUGAGCCUGCUGUGCGGCGAGGACUCGAGUUUAAAAAGAUUCCAGCUGAAGAAAAACAGCUGAUCCCAUCCCUAGUUCCUGUGUUUUGGUUUUAUAGACAGCUGGAGCGGUUAGCGCUGCCCCCCUGAGGUCUUUGAUCAAAUUCAUGGAACUGCCUCUCGUUCCCCCGAUUCUGAUUUCUUUGUGUUUCCUAAUGUUUGUGUUUGAUUUUUUUAUAACUUUUCCUACACGUGGAGCCGACAGGAAGCUCAGCUUCAACUAUCCAGGUAAACUUUGGGCUGUUAGGUGUGGGUUUGCUGCUUGUGUUUAAUUGCAAAACUGUGAUGUACCUGCAUGUUUUUACCCACGAUGCAUUUUUCUAGCCUGACCGAGAGUCUCUUGGUGUGAGAAAGUGAAGGUGCACAUACCUCAGUGUGCUUGCUGCUGUCGUCCUGACUCGAUCACCAUCUCAGGUAGUCUGUGUGACUUUUAGCUUACCUGAAGGACCAAGUGGACGGUGAAGUGUUAGUUGCCUCUCCACAAGUCACAAGAAUCAGCAGACGUGCACACCGGGACCACCUGAGGGUCUUCACGCUAACGGUGCUCGAGGUCCCAUUAAUGGUUAGUAACCUGUGGGCUGUGAUGGGUGGCAAGCCACAGGAGAAAGGUUUAGGGUCAUGUGACAACACCGGCCAAUACAUAGGGGUAAAAAAUGUAGGCACGUGACAGUUUCAAAGCUUUUAUUUUGAAACAUGAACAUGGUGCUGUGGGGCAGGGAUGGUUCUUGGGUGCCUUUUAGCUCAGGUGCACAAACACACCUGCAGCAGGUGUGCCAGCCUGAAACGGGUCUCUGCAACAUGUGACCUUCAUUUCCUCUGUUGUGCUGUACAUUAAGGUCCUGUGUGAUAUUCUCUGUGAGGGAAGCUGUUUCAGUUUAUUCAAAAUAAAAGUAUCAGAUGAA